AGGAUCAGGCGCAUCCAGCAGGCUCCUGACGGUCGCUUUGGUCCUACAGGUCUGACGCGUUAAACAUCAAAACAUCAGAGAGUCAAAUGAGCCGCUAGACCUCAUAAACGGGAGGGCGGCGGUUUAUUAUUUCCAACCUCGGGACUUUUUUGGACAACUUUUCCUGGCUGAUAUAAAAUCAGUUUAACGCACCAGGUUGCGUUUCCGAGAUGCUGCGGGAAACAUGACCAGAAAUGUGUUAUAGGACCCAGCUGACUCUCUGACACAUCCUCGGUUUUGUCCUGAGAGCCAGGUGGAAACGGAGAGAGGUGUAUAAACCCCUUUAACACGCUCCUCAGCGGGGUACUGUAGCGCGUCACCAUUUCCGGGCUCGUGCCAGCCGGUAGAGUGGAGCGGGACGCGGGCUCGAGUUCGGGCUCGGGCUCGGGGCUGGGGUCGGGGUCUGUGUCGGUGUCCAUAGCCGGAUUAACGCUACUGAACGACAGCAUGGUUGCGGGAAAAGGCGGCGUGAAAGCGUCGCUGUGGCAGAACGAGAGAGUGCGCUUCCUCGUCUGCUUUCUCGGAGUGUUCGUGUGUUACUUUUAUUACGGAAUUCUCCAGGAGACUAUCACACGAGGAGACUACGGUCAGGGGGAGAAAAAGGAGAAGUUUCGCUAUGCCACUACCCUUGUGUUCAUCCAGUGUAUCAUCAAUGCUCUUUUUGCCCGACUCUUGAUCCAGUUUUUCGAGGGUUCCAGGCCAGACCACACGCGGAGCUGGCUCUAUGCAGUGUGUGCUCUGUCCUAUCUGGGAGCCAUGGUGUCCAGUAACUCUGCUCUGCAGUAUGUCAACUACCCCACCCAGGUUUUAGGGAAAUCAUGUAAACCUAUCCCAGUCAUGAUCCUCGGUGUGACCAUUCUGAGGAAGAAGUAUCCCAUGGCCAAGUACCUGUGUGUGCUUCUGAUCGUCACUGGUGUGGCACUUUUCCUUUACAAACCCAACAAAGGCUCCACCUCCUCAGACGAACAUGUGUUUGGCUUUGGAGAGAUGCUGCUGCUCCUCUCUCUGACUCUGGACGGCCUGACGGGUGUAGCUCAGGAUCACAUGAGGGGGCGUUACCAGACAGGAGCCAAUCACAUGAUGCUGAACGUGAAUCUGUGGUCAACACUCAUGUUGGGUUCGGCUGUGUUGUGGACAGGCGAGGUGUGGGAGUUUUUAAGCUUUGCUGAUCGCUACCCCAGUGUUAUCUACAACAUUUUGCUCUUUGGUUUCACCAGCGCUCUGGGACAGACCUUCAUCUUUAUGACGGUUGUGUAUUUUGGGCCCCUCACCUGCUCCAUCGUCACGACAACAAGGAAGUUCUUCACCAUCCUGGGCUCUGUGCUGUUGUUUGGGAACGUCAUCACGUCCUUGCAGUGGCUUGGAACCAUCCUCGUUUUCCUGGGUCUCGGCUUGGACGCCAAGUUUGGAAAGACGUCCAAGAAGACAACACAUUAAAGCACAAAGAGAAUACGUGUGUAAGCGUGUGCGAUACUCACGGACAGAAAACUUGAAGAAACAUCUGUUUCUAUUGGUGCACUACUCCAUCAGUGGCUAAUCUGAAAAACAAAAUGUACUUAUUUUUUAUGCUUUUCCACCCAUGAAUCACUGAAAGAGUGGUCAUAUAUUAACUUAAAAAGCAAAGACUGGAUAGUGAUAGAGAAUUUUAGUUUCGUUUUUCUAGUCAAAAUACCACACACUUCUACUUUGAACUAUACUUCCCAGGGAGUUUAGAGCCAGAGGACAGUGAGCAUGAUAAGAAUAAUUUGCACGCUCAUGGUAUGCAUGUGCACCAGCUCAGAUUGGCCAGUUAUACACAGACAACUCCAUGUGUUAGUGUCAGUUUUACUCUGAAUCACAUGCCUCUUUUGUGGUUCAUUUGUUUUUAAAUGUAUAAUGUACAUUCAUGAGUGUGUGUAUAAUUAUACGUGUGUUCUGUCACUCCAUCUGAGACUUACAUCUUUAAUGUUCACCCUGGCCACUGGAUCUAAGCCACAUCAGAUUUACUCUGAUGUACAACGUACAUUCUUUCAUGUAAAACAUGACAUUUUUCUUAUAUUUGUGUUCCUGUCGAGUGUCUUGUUUACUGUAUGAGGAAAUGAUCAUUGUCUCUUCCAUACAAUAACGGAAUAAUUAGAAUUCGAAAAUAAUUAGUUUUGGUAUCUUUUUUGACCAGUUGGAACUGUAUUGGAUAUUUAACUAAAAGGGAAACUCAGCCAGACUAUCGGGGGUGUGUGAUGACCAGCUGUUGUAUGUGAACGUUGUGUUUGAGUCUGCCAACGAAGCCGUGUUGUCCGUCUGUCCAUCGAGGGGGAAAAAUCCAACCAGAUGGCAUUAAACUUAUUUUGGACAUGAAUAAA